GUUUACCUCUGAAUAGCUCUGGUGAGUCUCUCGUAAUCCAUCGGCUAUUAAUCUCCAUCAAUAUUAUUAUUCCAACGGUUAAUGUGCAAAUAAUUAUUCUGCAUCAACGAGACAGCGACAAGCGAUCAUGAAGAGGUGGCUGCUGUGGAUGGCUUGGCUGGCCAUCGCCGAUGUUUCAACGGCGCAGGAUGGGUAUAAUUAUCCGGUGCCGGGUAAUCCUUUGAUUCCGGGGACUUCGCCGAAGCCGGGGGGAUUUCCGGGAACAACGCCUACGACUUCACCGGGGAGACAGCCGGGUUUUCCAACGGGGGGCCAGGGAGGAUAUCCCAGUGGAAGACCUGGAGGACGACCGGGUCAGCCUGAUCAGGGAUAUCCUGGUGGACGACCGGGUCAACCUGAUCAGGGAUAUCCCGGUGGACGUCCGGGGCAGCCCGAUCAGGGAUAUCCUGGUGGACGUCCCGGUCAACCUGAUCAGGGAUAUCCUGGUGGACGUCCUGGUCAACCUGAUCAAGGAUAUCCCGGCGGACGACCGGGUCAACCUGAUCAAGGAUAUCCCAGUGGACGUCCCGGCGGACGACCGGGUCAACCUGAUCAAGGAUAUCCCGGCGGACGACCGGGUCAACCUGAUCAAGGAUAUCCCGGCGGACGACCGGGUCAACCUGAUCAAGGAUAUCCCGGUGGACGUCCCGGCGGACGACCGGGUCAACCUGACCAAGGAUAUCCCAGUGGUCGACCAGGUCAACCCGAUCAAGGAUAUCCCGGUGGUCGUCCCGGCGGAAGACCAACAGAUAACGGACAGCCUGGCUUCCCAUCACGACCUGGUGGACAAGGACCAUCCGAAGGAUAUCCCCGUGAGAGACCCUCAAUUCCGUUCCCCGGUGGUGAUCGACCAGGGCAGCCUCAACAGCCUGGUUAUCCUGGCCAACAGCCCGGCCCUCAAGGACCAAACCCACAACCCGGAUAUCCAGGACAGAGGCCAGGUGAUCAGGGCCCCUCGGAUGGAUAUCCACGUGACCGACCAGAUCAGAACCAGCGGCCUGGAUUCCCCUCACCCUCAAACAGACCGGGACAAUUCCCCAGGCCAACUCCACCGCCCGGAGGUCCUGACGGAUAUCCUGGUGACAAACCUUCAACUGGAUAUCCAGGUGGUGAUCGACCGGAUCAGGGACAGCAACCGGUUUUCCCCCGUCCGCCAGGUACUCAGCCGGGUCAGAGGCCAGGUGGUACUGGCCCUUCUGGUUAUCCUCGGGAUAGACCAUCAUUGCCAUUCCCCGGUGGUGAUCGACCCGAUCAAACUCAGCAGCCGGGAAAACAACCUCCAUUCCAGCCACCAGUAAAACAACCGCCGCCCACAUCAUUCGAUAAUUUUCCACGCGACAAACCGGGUCAAGGGCAGCAGCCAGGAUUCCCAGGUGGACAGAGGCCUGGAUUCCCUGGAUAUGAUAACGGACGACCUGGUCCAGGAAAGCCAACGUUCCCUGGUGAUGACACUCCCAGACCGGGACAAAAACCACUGUUCCCGGGCAAUGACAUCAUUCCUCCUGGACAGGAUCGCCCAGGUUUCCCUGGAGGGGAACAACCUGGAUAUCCAGGGGGACAACGACCGGACCAAAGACCAACUUUCCCUGGAGAUGAUAUACUUCCUCCACCGGGACAAAAACCAGGCUAUCCAGGUGGACAACGACCAGGCCAAAGACCGACUUUCCCUGGAGAUGAUAUACUUCCCCCAUCGGGACAACGACCUGGUUAUCCAGGUGGACAACAGCCAGGCCAGAGACCAACUUUCCCUGGAGAUGAUAUACUUCCUCCACCUGGACAACGACCGGGAUUCCCUGGUGGACAACAGCCAGGCCAGAGACCAACUUUCCCUGGAGAUGAUAUACUUCCGCCUCCGGGACAACGACCGGGUUUCCCUGGUGGACAGCAACCAGGUGAUUCCGACGAUGGUGAUGAUGGCUCUUAUGAUGAAGGGGAUUACUCUGCUAUUCCUGGAGAACCAGGUCGGGAUUACCCCAUCUAUUCUGAAAUUCCCGAGACUGGCUUCAGUUGUGACGCUCAACAAUUCCCCGGUUAUUACGCGGACGUGGAAACUCAGUGUCAAGUAUUCCACGUUUGUGCCAAUAAUAAAACGUAUGAUUUUCUCUGUCCCAAUGGAACGAUAUUCCAUCAAGAGUAUUUUGUUUGCGUUUGGUGGAAUCAGUUCGACUGUAAUUCAGCUCCUAGCCUCUACUACUUGAACGAGAACUUGUACGAUUACUCAAUUAUUGGAACCCCAUCACCCCAGGGUCCGGGUUUCCCAGGACCCGGAUUCCCUGGGCCGGGAUUCCCAGGCCCUGGUUUCCCAGCACCGGGAGAACAACCAUCUGGGCCAGGCUUUCCAGGACCAAGCCCGGCCCCAGGAUUCCCUGGACCAGGCUACCCAGCACCGGGGCCUCAAGGACCCUCUGGGCCUUCGGGGCCUUCCGGGCCUACUUCCCCCGGCCAACGACCGCAGCCGCCAUCCGGGCCAGGAUAUCCAGGCGCCAACCCGCCCUCAGGCCCAGGAUUUCCGGGAGGAGUCUCUCGUCCAGGUUACCCGGGUCCACAGGGUCCAUCAGGUCCCGGUUAUCCAGGCCCCGGCCCCCAAGGACCUUCACCCCCAGGCUACCCUAGUCGCCCAGACUACCCAGAUCAGCGACCAUCAGGCCCAUCAGGCCCAGGCUAUCCCGGUCAGAGGCCGUCGGGCCCCGGUUCCCGGCCUCAGCGUCCUGGGGGCAACGAGUAUCUGACUCCCCUUCCCCCAUCAGAGGGAUUCCCUAACCGACCGACCCCCACUGAACGGCCGGGCUACCCCUCCCCCACGGGUCCACCAACCCCAGGCAGGCCCCGCCUCCCCGGCACCCCACCAGGGUACCCCGGAAAGCCAGCGCCAGACGUUCCAUUUCCGCCUGUAGGACCGGCGAGACCAGACCGCGAAUAUCUACCACCCCUAGCGGGUUAAGGAUAUUUUUAGUGAGUCAUCACCGAGAAAGGAUAACUGGCGAAAAAUCCAUUGACAUCACCACCGCCAUCAGACCCACCUGUUAGUGGAUCUCAAGCAUAAAAAAGGGCCUUUCAACAGUCGAUGAAUGGUGAUGUUGGAUUCCAUACUAUCGUCAUAGCCUCAAUCACCUAAAACAAUACUAUUUUUUUUAUCUCUAUUUUUCUACGACCAAUUGUCUAGGAGAGGAGGAUAUUACGAAUCAGGAAGAUCAGUUUAAUAUCGAUACUGUGUAAAAUUCUCCUUGACUAUUACUUUACAAGAACGUAUUUAUUUAUUCAGCUUUCAUAGAAUCUAGCAAAAGAAAAACGUAUACCCAUAGAGUUACCAUAAAUUGCUGGGAAGAUCAGGAUGUGUAUCGAUGACUCGCAGACGAUGUUGGGUGAAAGUUGCAUCCUGGUGGUGUCUUCCAUAACUUAAGAUCGUAAUCCUCCAGUAAGCUGUCGACGUCAUACUGAAAUACGAUAUGCAACUGGUUCUCGCUCAACAAUAUCAUCCACGGUUGGGUAAUACGUCAGGCAUGACGUAAUUGUUAUGAUAAUUAUUACAAUGUCAUUAUAUGAUGAUUAAACAUGAAGACAAACGUUUUUGUAACAAUGGUUUUGAGACACCUACUCGUGGGAUGCCAUUAUGUAUGAUAUUUUAAA